UCUCUUCACCAAAGAACAACAACCUUCCGAAAAAUGUACCUCUUCGGCGUGAUUUUACUCUUGGUUGGCACACAUAUCUGCUUCAUAGAUGCGGCUUUCGGAAAUAGUGAAGGAAACAACUAUACUUUUGGAGUACAAGCUACAACUGAUACCCUCAUCGCUAGUGAGACUAUAACAAGAUCUAAACAGUUGAUUGGUACUACUACGAGGACGUACACUCUAACGCAAGCUGGAACGGCUAAGACCAUAACAUACAUCAAAAUCACGGAUCUGAUGAGAAAUCGAGGUGCUACUGCCCAAAUUACCGCCGGCGGUGUGGGUGCCACCACGGUCACGAUCCAAUUUACCUCUGCCCGGUCGGCUGGUAUUAGGUCCCAAGUGGUAAUCUACGGAUCUUAAUAGUUCUAUACGAAUUAUAGACCGUACAUGUCUUAAAAUAAAUCAAAAAUAUUGUGUUCAUAUAAAUUAUAAAAUGUGUUCAUCCACUUCACAUUCAUAAAAUAAAGUUUUUAAAA